CGCGUACCUUACGGGAGGAGGAGGAAGGAAACCGCGAGCGUAAAGUCCGGUAGGCCGGCGAGCUGGGCCUCGGGAACGUCGUUGUAGCGGCAGCGCCGGCCUCAGCAACAAUGAGAAGCGUGUGCUUCGUGGUGGCUGCUCUCUUCAUCCCAUGGGGCCUCGCUUGGGCAAAGUUCGAUGAGUUUGACGACGGCGAUGACAUUGUGGAAUAUGAUGAUAAUGACUUUGCUGAGUUUGAAGAUGUGAUAGAAGAUCCUGUGACCGAAUCUCCCCAGCGGGUUGUCACGACCGAAGAUGACGAGGAGGAGGCCACUGUUGAGCUUGAAGGUCAAGACGAAAAUCUUGACUUUGAGGACGCUGAUGCGCAGGAAGGUGAUACAGAGAGUGAACCUUACGACGAUGAAGAGUUUGAAGGCUAUGAGGAGAAACCUGAUGCAUCUCCUGGCAAGAGUAAAGAUCCUAUAACAAUUGUUGAUGUCCCUGCCCACCUCCAAAAUAGCUGGGAGAGUUACUACAUGGAAAUCUUAAUGGUGACGGGGCUGCUUGCUUACAUCAUGAACUACAUCAUUGGGAAGAAUAAGAACAACCGCCUGGCUCAGGCCUGGUUCAAUAGUCACCGGGAGCUGCUUGAAAGUAACUUUGCCCUUGUUGGGGAUGAUGGCACAAAUAAAGAAGCCACAAGCACGGGCAAGCUGAACCAAGAGAACGAACAUAUUUAUAACCUGUGGUGCUCCGGGAGGGUGUGCUGCGAGGGCAUGCUUAUACAGCUCAAGUUUCUCAAGAGACAAGACUUGCUGAACGUUCUUGCUCGCAUGAUGAGGCCAUCCUGUGACCAAGUGCAAAUAAAAGUUACCAUGAAUGAUGACGACAUGGAUACCUACGUGUUUGCUGUUGGGACAAGAAAAGCUUUGGUGCGGCUUCAGAAGGAAAUGCAGGACCUGAGUGAGUUCUGCAGUGACAAACCCAAGACCGCAGUGAAGUAUGGGCUGCCAGAGUCAUUGGCUAUCCUGUCUGAGAUGGGUGAGGUCACAGAAGGAAUGAUGGAUACCAAGAUGAUCCAUUACCUCACCCAUUACGCUGACAAGAUUGAGUCCGUCCAUUUUUCGGACCAGUUUUCCGGUCCAAAACUUAUGCAAGAGGAAGGUCAGCCUUUGAAACUGCCUGAAACUAAAAAGACACUAUUGUUUACUUUUAAUGUGCCUGGGUCAGGCAACACCUCCCCAAAAGAUAUGGAAGCUCUGCUGCCUCUGAUGAACAUGGUUAUUUAUUCCAUUGACAAAGCAAAAAAAUUCCGUCUGAACAGAGAGGGCAAACAAAAAGCGGAUAAGAACAGGGCACGUGUAGAAGAGAACUUUCUGAAACUGACUCAUGUGCAAAGACAAGAGGCCGCUCAGUCCCGCCGGGAGGAGAAGAAACGGGCCGAGAAAGAGAGAAUAAUGAAUGAGGAAGAUCCAGAGAAGCAGCGCCGCUUGGAGGAGGCUGCUUUGCGGCGUGAGCAGAAGAAACUUGAGAAGAAGCAAAUGAAAAUGAAGCAAAUCAAAGUGAAAGCCAUGUGAAGAACAAAGCUGCAAGAAACCUCUUUCUUGGUGCCAACCCUAGAAUUGCAAUUUGCUUCCUACAAUGAACUAAUUAUAUUCCUGACCUUAAUCAUUGCCCAUUAAGAACCACUUCUGACACUAGCCUUUGUUGCUCAUGGGAUUAUGUUCAAAGCGUUUCUGUGAAUGUGUACAUGUGGUAAGGUUUGUUAGAGCGCCAAGGAGCUUUUCCUGGGUGAAUCGCAGGAUUUUUCCUGGAAACGUUGCGUGGGUCAUCAGUUCUGAUUUAACUUCCACAUGUGCCUGCGUGCACUGGGUUGCUUCAAAAAGUGAUCCCAUAAACACCAAAGUUACAUUUCAGUCGGCAGCAAGCGAGGUGUUCUUUGCAUUGACACUCCCAGCAGGUAGGAUACAACCCUGAAGCCCACUUCAGUCCCCCUUGGUGUGUGGGACUGGACUGCUAAUAAAUAUUUUCAGGGUUGCAGCCACUGUUCUGGUUUUAUGUACAUGCAGAUGUGUAUAUAGAGAGCUUUGCAAUUGUCUUCCAUGUUGUUGGAUUGUUCAUUUUACCCUACUUGCUUGGGAAUUGGAGAAAAUUGCAAUAUUCCUUGGAA